CUACCUAUGUCCGAUUCGCAGGGGAGGCUGCGAAACAGUGAAUAGAAUAGCGAGGAGGGACGCGGGAAGGGGAUAGUGGUCAGUGGAUACACGCUUUGGUUUUACCUACCCGCCUCUCUCUCUCUCAGUUUGGUGUCUUCUCUGUAUAUUUUAUUUUGUUUGGCAGACCCAAGAUACCCCAUCUUUUUGAUUCUUCACCGUCGCUUCUGACUGCUUCUCCUCUAACGAAGCAUUGCUUUUGCGUCGCAUUCGCCUACGGUUUUACUGAUCACUCCUACUCCCAAACGAAUCCGGAAUAUCUUGUUUUUGACCUUUUUCCUGGAUCGAGAGUAGAGUUAUUCCUUUGAAUUUCUUUUUUGCUCGUAGACGAAUCUACGUCUCCUAUAUAUUCUUUACGCGCCUGAAUCCAUGAGAGCAUUGGAUUUGGGCACUCAAUAAACCCUAGCAGCCAGUUUGUUACAAGGUUCUGAUUGAUGGGCGGGAAGGGAGUUCAGCUAUUUGAUGAUAAAAGAGAUGGAUUUUUCUCUGUCUGCAAUUUGGGGUCACGGCGGAACCUCCAAGACGAGUACUUGUAUCCCGGAGGCUUAUUUGCGAGCGUCAGUCAGGUAGGAAUGGGAUUUGGUAUUCAGCCGCAACCCCAACCCAACCCUUCUGAUUCCCGGGACGGUGGCGGCUUGAAAUUUCCCUACGCUGAAUUGUUCGUCAAGUAUGUGGAAUCACCGGGGAAAGUUCGUGUUACUGGAGUUUCAGAGGAGGAAGGAAUUCAGAGCAAGAAAAAGGGAGGCCUUAAAAUGAAAAUUGAGAUAAAAAAUCCUUCACUGAGAAGGCUGAUUAGCGGCGCCAUUGCCGGGGCAGUCUCCCGCACGACCGUGGCACCGUUAGAAACUAUAAGGACCCAUUUAAUGGUGGGGAGCAGUGGCCAUUCUACUCUUGAGGUUUUUCACAAUAUUAUGAAAACUGAUGGUUGGAAGGGAUUGUUUAGGGGUAAUUUCGUGAACGUGAUUCGGGUUGCACCUAGUAAGGCCAUAGAGCUAUUUGCUUAUGAUACAGUGAACAAGAACCUAUCCCCAAAAGCCGGGGAACAGCCCAAACUUCCCGUUCCUGCAUCAUUAAUUGCAGGUGCAUGUGCUGGAGUUAGUUCAACCAUAUGCACAUAUCCUCUUGAACUGGUCAAGACUCGACUAACUAUACAGAGAGGUGUUUAUAAUGGUCUGCUUGACGCGUUCUUGAAAAUAGUUAAAGAAGAAGGCCCUGCAGAACUUUAUAGAGGCCUUGCUCCCAGUCUUAUAGGGGUAAUUCCUUAUUCUGCCGCUAAUUACUUUGCGUACGACACGUUAAGGAAAGUAUACCGGAAGGUUUUUAAGGAAGAGAAGAUCGGCAACAUUGAAACCCUUUUAAUUGGAUCAGCGGCCGGGGCCAUAUCAAGCAGCGCCACUUUUCCUCUGGAGGUAGCUCGCAAGCAUAUGCAAGUGGGGGCUCUCAGUGGAAGGCAGGUAUACAAGAAUGUGAUUCAUGCACUUGCAAGCAUACUUGAACAAGAAGGGAUCCAGGGUUUAUAUAGGGGUCUGGGACCGAGCUGCAUGAAGCUGGUGCCAGCCGCUGGAAUCUCUUUCAUGUGCUACGAAGCUUGCAAGAGGAUACUGGUGGAGGAAGAAGAUGAGGAAUAAUCGGUUGAGUCACACUUCCUGGGGCAUUAUUGUUGGAGCUGAGGGUUGGAGAUGCCAAAUUCCCCCCCCCCCCGCCUUACUGGAUUUUUUCCAACAACCCUUGAGAGAAGCAAACGAGGAUGGAAUAAUAAUGAGUUCGGUGUUUUUUUUUAGAAAAAAAUGUGGGAAAUUUUACUCUGUUGAGAGUUCAUUCUUGGAACUAUUGUGGGUUAGUUCAUUUUUCGAACAAGCAGUGAAAUUUUGCGUCGCCUAA